AUGGCUUCUGGAUACGGUCUCAACGGCGGUCCCGGCCGCUGCUACCCCUUCUGGCAGGAGGUUUUGGGAUGCUACGUCGUGAACUCAUCCGAGGGUGAGGCUGGCAAGAAGAAGUGCAUCCCCGCGUUGGAAGAUUACAACGAGUGCCUUCACCACAAGAAGGAGAUCCUCCGUGCGAUGAAGAUGCAAACUGCUCUUCGCAAGGCGGAAGCGGCCCCCCCCCGUGAAAAUUCCCCGAACGCAGAGCAGAUCCGCAGUCUGGGACUGAUAGGCAAGGAAGAAGAGUCUGCUGCCGUGCUGGCUCAGCGGUGA